GAGUUAUAGUGGAAAAGGUGCGCUCGGGUUCAGGGUUUUAGCUCAGUGAGAGCUGAGACUGAACUGGGAUCGAUUCGGACGGAGCCCGCUGAAAGAGAGAGAGAGAUGCAGAGAGCAAAGGGUUUUGAAGCAGCUUUGAAGAGGUGUGUGAAUCAGCAUCACAGAGCCUUUUCUGCUCAGCCAAACUAUGCCCACCAUCACCACGAUGACCCCCAAGACCUGGUCAUGGUUGAGGGGAGGACCAAAUCAAGAGCAGCCAUUCUCAAUAGACCAUCUGCACUAAAUGCCCUCAAUACUGCUAUGGUAUCUCGCCUCAAGAGACUUUAUGAAUCAUGGGAAGAUAACCCGGAUAUUGGUUUUGUCUUGAUGAAGGGUAAUGGGAGAGCCUUCUGUUCUGGUGCGGAUGCUGUUACCCUUUUUCAACUAGUCAAUCAAGGGAAAGUUGAGGAAUGCAGAAAAUUCUUCGAGACAUUGUAUAAGUUUGUAUAUAUUCAAGGAACAUACUUGAAGCCACAUGUAGCUAUCUUGGAUGGUAUAACUAUGGGAGGUGGGGCUGGGAUUUCACUCCCAGGAAUGUUUCGUGUGGUGACUGAUAAAACUGUUUUUUGCAAUCCAGAGGCUCAAAUAGGUUUCCAUCCUGAUGCAGGAGCUUCAUAUUAUCUUUCUCGUCUACCUGGCUACUUAGGAGAAUACUUAGCUCUUACAGGGGACAAGCUUAAUGGUGUAGAGAUGAUUGCAUGUGGCCUUGCCACUCAUUAUGUAUUAAAUGCAAGACUUGCUAUGGUUGAAGAACGCGUGGGUAAAUUGGUCACAGAUGAACCAUCUGUUAUAAAAGCAUCUCUUGCAGAGUAUGGUGACCUUGUUAAUCUAGACCAGAAGAGUAUACUUGCUAAGCUUGAAGGGAUUGACAGGUGUUUCAGCCAUGACACGGUUGAGGAAAUUAUUGAUGCUUUGGAAAAGGAAGCUGCUGAUUCUUAUGAUGAAUGGUGCACCACAGCCCUCAAGAAACUAAAAGAAGCCUCCCCUUUGAGUUUGAAAGUUUCCCUACGAUCUAUACGUGAAGGCAGAUUUGAAUCUCUUCAUCAAUGUCUGGCUCGUGAAUACCGGAUAUCCCUAAAUGGAAUUUCCAAACGGGUCUCAAGUGACUUCUGUGAGGGUGUUUGGGCGAGAUUAGUGGAAAAGGACUUUGCACCCAAGUGGGACCCUCCUAGUUUGAAAGAAGUGUCUAAAGACAUGGUUGACUGCUAUUUCUCUCCGCUCCCUGAAGUUGAGCCUGAGCUGGAGUUGCCAACCGCGUCGCGAGAGCCAUUUAUGUAGGAGUGAGUCACUCGAAAGAGGAGACUGAAUUUUGUGCAAUGCUUGAUGAAGAAAAACAAGAAGAAACUUGGCUUUGUCGAUUGUGAGCUAGUUUUUGUCCAUUUUAAGAUUAUCCUUGGAACUUAUUUUUAACACACUUCUUUGUAACACCUAAAGAUCAUUUGUUGGAGACCAGCAGCUAGUUGCCCGCUAAAAUUUAACGAUGGAUUGUUACUAUUUAUUUUAAUGAGAUAAAAUAAAAAUUACAUUUGAAACUCUGAAAGAGUUUAAUA